AUGAUCAUUCUCGGCUUGAUCUUCCUCUUUCUUCCGUGUAUCUUCGUCGGCCUUCGAGUCUGGGCCAAGUGGCUUUCGCGUCGCUCGCUGCAGGCCGAUGACUAUCUGAUCUUUGGGGGGCUGGCGUUUUCGGUCGCUUGUUCAAUCACCCAGUUGAUAGGCUCAAUUCACGGCCUUCUGAGUCAACAUGAGACCGUCGACUCGCACGGACAGCCCCUGCUCCAAGAUCCUAAGUUCCUCACCUAUCAACGAUGCAAGUUCUCCAGUCAGAUGCUGGGAGUGCUCAGCCUCGGGUUGACCAAAUUGUCGCUUUUGGUGCUGUUCCGGAACAUCUUUGCUGUCUCGCGAGCUUUCAAUCUCGCUUCGGCCAUCCUUAUCGCCAUCACUGCUGCCUGGACCGUCUCAUUCUUCUUCAGCAACCUGUUUACCUGCUAUCCGAUUACCGCCCUGGUCGAGGAGUACUACAAUAACAACUGCCUGGACAGCCUCGCCAUGUGGUAUGCCGGCUGCAUCACCGACGUGCUCAUUGACCUAAUCAUCAUGGUCCUGCCUCUACCCAUGGUGUUCAAGCUGCAGUUGGCUCCGAAGCAAAAGGUGGCUGUUUCAGCUGUGUUCGUUAUGGGCACUGGAGUUAUCGCGAUCAGCAUUACUAGGCUAGCCAUGUACGUUAAAAUCGGCUCCACCUACCUCGACCACUACACCGACGAUUCAUACUAUAUCUCGCCCAUCGUCUUCUGGACGAAUAUCGAGACCGCGCUGGCGGUUAUCUUAGCGUGUCUGCCGACGUUGCGUCCGCUGUGGACCUUCUACCGGGGCCGGCACCCAGCCAAGUCGGCCUCCCCGUCGUUUGAGCCUUAUAACUCUUCCUCGCGACGAAGCGGCCACAAGCGGAUCCCGGAGACUUACAACGAGCUGGAUACAAUAAACCUGAUAAGGCAUCCGGAAAGAUGA